AUGUACACUGAUUCGGGUGAUCUCGUCGCUGUGGCUAACCAGACUGAGGAUUUCGUCGGAGACAUCAUGGAAGUUAACAGCCAGCCUUGGCCAUAUCUAGAGGUUGAGCCCAGAAAGUACAGACUGCGUCUUUACAACAUCGCCACAAGCAGACCUUACGAUCUUCACGUGGAGCAGUCCAACGGCGAUUGGCUUGACUUCCAAGUCAUCGCCUCUGAUUCUGGGUUGUUUGGCUCUCCAGUGGAUUCUAACAAUGUUGUAAUGGGAAUGGCAGAACGCUAUGAGAUCGUUGUAGAUUUCUCACCAUUCGCCAAUCAGAACUUGACCCUGAAGAACGCCUUUAAUCUUGAAGGACCAGGAUACCCGCAAUACCCUAACAUGGAUCUCGUCAUGUCUUUCGUUGUUGGUGACUCUGUGAGCGAUUGGUCAUCAAACGAUGUUCCCAGCACUCUCAAUCCCAACAUCAAUUGGCCAGAGGAAAGAGAUCAAGUUGAUCAUACUUUCCGAUUCCAACGAGGUGGUGGUACGUAUAUCAUAAUUCUCACCUUCACAAAUCCUUUACUGACCUGCUCANNAGACAAUGUUUGGACAAUUAACGGAGUCGAUUUCAACGAUGUCAACAAUCGCAUACUCGCGAGACCGCCUCAAGGCUCAACCCAACGUUGGAGACUGGUCUAUGCUGGAGGUCCGGGAUAUCAUCCGAUCCAUGUCCACCUUGUGGACUUCAAGGUCAGUCAAGGGAUCAUCCCGACAUGUACGAACAGGGACUAA